UGAAAUAGAGGGUGACACAGCGGUUUCGUCAGUCGUGUUAGUUGUUCUAUAGCUGCUUUUCGACUUCCUUAUUCACUCUGUUAGUACCAUUUCCUCUUUAGGCAACUGAUAAUAUUUAGCGUGCUGCUUCAGAUGGGUCUUCUCUGUUGAUUUCAAGGAAACAAUACAAAUCUGCAUUUUACAAGAUGAUGUGAAGGCAGCCUGGUGCUGAGUUGUGUUCAGUUUUAAAAGUUGGUAGAACAUUUCUGAGCUUUUGCAAGGCUGGUUUUCUGUAUGACGGAGAAGGAAUGACCCGGUGACAGUCAAUACGUCUUCAUGCAGUAGUGUACGAGCUGUGUGUGUCUUGCCAUGUGUGAGAUGUCUGGUGACACCAAGACUCUGUACUGGAGGAGCAUGUCGUCCACCAGCCAGUCGGAGUCCUCGGAUAUGUCGCCCACAACGAAUGUCAGCAGGCAAAACAUCUACACAGUGAAAAUCAUCAAAGUGUGUUUCCUUAGCAACAGUUCCAACCUGGGAAAGAACUUCAAACUGGUCCGCUGUGAAGAGGGUUGGACAGUCAAGAAUGUCAUCAACACGGUGCUGUCCAGUGGCUGCGUUGGUCCAGACAUAAGACAUGGUCUCUGCUACGGCCUCCUCCUCAACCACCUCAAAUCUUCAGAGAUGCACUGGCUGCACCCGGAUCUGACUGUGGCUGAACUCACCCAACGCUACGAGCAGCAGCACCUUGAGGCUGAAUGGAGAUAUGACCUGAGGAUCAGAUACAUCCCGUCAGACUUCAUGGAAGCAUUCCAAGAUGACCGAACCACCAUGCUCUACUUUUACCAGCAGAUCCGAAGUGAUUACAUGCAACAAUAUGCCUCCAAAGUCAGUGAUGGAAUGGCUUUACAGCUUGGUUGUCUGGAAAUUAGGAGAUUCUACAAAGACAUGAAUCCGAAUGGAUUAGAGAAAAAGUCCAACUUUGAGUUGCUGGAAAAGGACGUGGGGCUAGAUCUGUUCUUUCCCAAAGAGCUUAUAGACAGCAUGAAGCCCAAGCAGCUGCGUCGGCUGAUCCAGCAGACGUUCCAGGGCUACUCCACUUUGGGGCAGGACCAGUGCAUGGUCAAGUUCUUCACCACUCUUUCUCAGUGCUACAGCAUCACACAGGAGAGAUACGCCUGCCAAAUGGUGCAUGGCUGGAAUCUCGCCAUAGACUUGGUCAUCGGUGCUGAUGGAAUCAGUCAACAAACUGAUAACUCAACACCCAUCUGUCUGGCUAAGUUCUCUCAGGUGCAAAGUAUCUCCAGCACUGUGGAAAGCAACGGUCGAGCCCUUCUCACGAUGGACAUAGAAGGAGCCAAAGAGCCACUCUCAGUGAAUACUUCUUCUCUGGCUGUAGCGGAAAACAUGGCCGACCUGAUUGAUGGCUACUGUCGACUGACAGGAAGUGCCAAGAGUUCGCUCAUUAUCAGGCCCAACAAAGGAAGAGACACAAGGACGAAACUUCCUGACAUCCCAAAAUCUGUUGCUCCCCGUGGUUCUGUUAGAGGUUCAAGUUCUGAUAUCUAUGCUGAGAUUCCAGAGAGGACUGAAGACUAUACUGAUAAACACAGGAUCUCCAGAAAUGAUGUUGUUGUGGGUCGAAUCCUGGGGGAGGGAUUCUUCGGAGAGGUUCACGAGGGAGUUUAUAAAAGCCCAAGCGGGGAAAGGAUCCACGUGGCCAUCAAAACCUGUAAGGAAUGCUCAGCUGAUGUAAAAGAGAAGUUUCUCAGUGAGGCUGGUCUGAUGAAGCAUCUCGAUCAUCCUCACAUUGUGCGUCUUAUCGGAGUCAUUGAAGUGGAUCCGGUCUGGAUUGUAAUGGAGCUCUAUGAACAUGGAGAGCUGGGAAAAUAUCUUGUGGAGCAGCAGUACAUCCUGUCUGCAGCAACAUUAACACUGUACUGUUUACAACUCUGCAAGGCCUUGGCUUACCUGGAGGGACUGAGCAUGGUGCACAGAGAUAUAGCUGUGAGAAACGUCCUGGUGGCAUCUCCAGAAUGUGUUAAACUUGGCGACUUUGGCCUGUCUCGCUACAUUGAUGAGGAAGAGUAUUAUAAAGCCUCAUUGACUCGAUUGCCAAUCAAAUGGAUGGCACCAGAAUCCAUCAACUUUAGACGUUUCACCUCGGCCAGUGAUGUCUGGAUGUUUGGUGUGUGUGUGUGGGAGAUCUUCUCAUUAGCCCAGCAGCCAUUCUUUUGGCUGGAGAACGGACAGGUGAUCAACCAGCUGGAGUCUGGAAUCCGUCUCCACAAACCACAACUUUGCCCUCCCAUCAUCUACAGCCUGCUGACCCGCUGCUGGACUUACGAGCCGCAUGGCCGGCCCACCUUCAGCCAGCUCGUCUGCUCCUUCAGUGAUAUCCACAGGACAGAGGUGGAGGUGGAGACUGGUGCAAAGCGAGACAGACUCCCUUCAAUCUCAUCCAUUGAUACCUGCUUAACAGAUCCUCCACCCAAGCCAUGCAGAUUACAAGGAAAAACCCUUCCUCGGGUCACACACAAAAAGGCAACAGACAGAGAUAGUAGGCAAGUGUGGGAGAAAGAAAAAAUGGAAGACGUAUUACAAAGACAAAGAAGAGAGAUGCUGAUGGAUAAACAGUGGCUGGAGCAGGAGGAGAGACAGCUGGACCCUUUUGUGCAACUGGACACACAAAAAAAGCCUACUGAAAAAACCCCAGAAAAUGGUCCUCCAAAGAAACCUCCAAUGCCUUCCUCAGUUGCGCAGUCCCGACCCACCGCUGAGAUGGACCGCUCAGGCGAUGAGGUGUACACGGGCGUCAUGGCGAUGGUGAAGCAGGUUGUUCAGCUGAAGAAUGACGUCAACACACUGCCUCCUUCUGAGUAUCCCAACGCUGUCAAGGCAGUGGGUGUCACUCUCCGCAACCUGAUUCAAAGUGUAGAUGAGAUCCUGCCCUCUCUGCACAACUCUGUCACCACAGAGAUCGAGGGGACCAAAAAGUUGCUGAACAAGGAUUUGGGCGAGCUGAUCAACAAGAUGCGACUGGCCCAGCAGAACUCAAUAACAUCACUGAAAGAAGAGUGUCAGCGGCAGAUGCUGGCAGCCGCCCACACUCUGGCGCUCGACUCCAAAAACCUGCUGGAUGCCGUGGAUCAGGCUCGAGUCAGGGCCAACCUGGCCAAGCCCAAACCUGACUCACAAGAUGAGGAUCUGAGAGAAUGAAGAAAAUAAGGCAUGAAAUAGGAGUUUGUUUCUUUGUGACAUGCUGAGGUUGUUCUGCUUCUGCUCUGGAAACCGUUUUACGUUUGUGAACAAAUGACUCAUGUUAAGUCACAACGAACAAAAACUUGACUUUAGGCCAUACAAGUAAUAUUUUUUUAUACUGUUUAUUCUUUAUUUUUAUUAUCAUGCAGUCUCAUAAUUUGCACCUUCUAUUUUCUUAUUUGUCUGUCCUAAAAUAUGCCUUUAUUAUAAAUGCAUUUAAGCUCCUUUUGAAGUCUAAUUUCUGCAGGCAGAAUCCUGAGUGCCAUCAUUCAUGAAUAUUGUUAACUGAAAACUAUUAAAAAAAAUUUUUUGAAACUUUCAUUUAUAUAUAACAAACUUUUUAUAUAUAGAGAGAGAGAGAGUAAGAGAGAGAGAACUAUAAAUCAACACAAGACUGUGAAUCUGGUGAUAUGCAAACAUUAGUCUGUCUUACAAAGCAUGAUCUUACAUCUUUUUACAGUAAAAAUGGAUCAAUGUGAACAUUCUGCUCUCCACAGAGCAGACUGUUUCAUUUUAUGUCAUCUAUCAGUCUGGCUUUUAAAGUGUCCAAUCCACAGAGAAAGUUCUACUGUCUGUGACAAACGAAGACAGCUAGAGCAACAACACGGUACUUAAUUCUCAUGCUGCCAAACCACUCUGUAGCUUUUGACACUGUAAAAUGCGACAUCCUGUAUCUGUACCUUUUCGAGAUAGGCAUUCUUGGUAUAGCACAUCCCUAGUUUAAUCUUUUUGGAGAAAAUCAAAAGUGGAGCAAAGUAUCACAUGGUUGCAGAUUUGAGAUCUGGUGACUGUGGAGGCCGUUGGAGUCCAGUGAACUCAUUGUGUUCAUGAAGGAAGUUGGAGAUGACAUGGUCUUUGUGACAUGGUGCAUUAUCCUGCUGGAAGUUGCCAUCAGAAGAAAGAAAAUAUCCUCCACAACAUUACACCAGCUGCAGCUUGGACCAUUGAUAUGGGGCAGGAUGGAUCCGUGUUUUCAUGUUAUUUCCACCUAAUUCUGAGCCCACCCUCUUAAUGUAGCAGCUGAAUUGGAGACUCAUUAGACCAGAUGUUUUUCCAUCUUCUAUUGUCCAGCGGUGGUGAGUCUGUGUGAAUUGUAGCCUCAGUUUCCUGUUCUUAGCUGACAGGAGGAACCCGGUGUGUCGUCUGCUGCUGUAGCCC